AUAAAGAUUAUUUCCGGGGGAUAUCGGAGACAAUGGAAACAAAGAAAGUGGCGGUCGUGGGUGCUGGAUUAAGCGGACUAAUAGCUUGCAAAUUAAUUUUAUCCAAAGGAUUAACCCCAAUUGUGUUCGAAGCUAAAGACGUGAUUGGUGGCCUUUGGAAUGACACCAUUGAGUCGACGGUAUUACAAACGCGUAGACAAAUGUUUGAGCUCUCCGAUUUUCCUUGGCCGAAAUCGGUGACAGAAGAAUACCCAAGGUAUGAUCAAGUUCUUGAUUACCUCAAAUCUUACGCCGAACAUUUUGGAUUGUUUAAGUAUAUCAGACUCAACACAAAAGUCUUAAGCAUCGAAUACGAAGGAUUCUCCGAUGAGGAGAUCAAUAGUUGGACUUAUUGGAGUGGCUCUGGCAACGCUUUUUCUGAACGGAGUAAAUGGAAGCUCAGUCUCGUUGAUGCUCGAACUAAUCUUCCACUCCAGGAGGAGGUGGUAGAUUUCGUAGUACUCUGCACAGGAAAAUUCGGCGACAUUCCAAAUAUCCCGAAAUUCCCUCCCAAUGGCGGCCCUAAAGCUUUCAGAAACGGUAAAGCUCUUCAUUAUAUAGAAUAUGCGGCCUUGGAUUUCGACAAUGCUACGAAGCUUGCCAAGGACAAGAGAAUUGCCGUCGUUGGUUUUCAAAAGUCUGCGUUGGAGCUUAUCAGAGAAUUCACCAAUUUAAUUGGCACUAGCAAACCCUGCACUUUGAUUUACAAAACUGAGUAUUGGAACCCUCCCGAUGGUCAACCAUGGGGGAUUCAUAUCGAUUAUCUUUUCGCAAGCCGAUUUGCCGAGCUUCUGAUUCAUAAACCUAACGAGGGUUUCCUUCUCUAUCUCCUCGCCAUGCUUCUUGCCCCAAUUAGAUGGUUGAUCACGAAGUUGGUGGAAUUCCACGUGAGGAGGAAGACAAAAAUGGACAAAUACGGGAUGGUGCCAAAACAUAGCAUUUUACAGGACGUCACUUCAUGUAGAUACGCAGUAUUGCCUGAGAGAUUCUACGAAAGAGUGGAGGAAGGAAGUAUAGUUUUGAAGAAAGCACCAAGUUUCAGCUUCUGUGAAGAGGGUAUCAUGAUCGAAGGAGAAACCAAACCGAUUCCCUUAGAUUUGGUCAUUUUGGCUACUGGAUAUAGAGGUGAUUUGAAGUAUAAAAAUAUUUUUGCUUCCUCUACUUUUCGGGAUUACAUGAAUUUUGGUGAUGCAGCACUUCCUCUAUACAGGCUAUGUAUUCAUCCCAGAAUCCCACAAGUAGCCGUGAUUGGACUUACAGAAAGCAUUUCGAACUUGUACACCUCAGAGAUAAGGUGUCGAUGGUUGGUGGAGUUUCUUGCCGGUACAUUCAAGCUACCAAGCAUCAAGGAGAUGGAGAAGGACAUAGAAAACUGGGAGAGGUGUCUAAAGCUUUACUCAGGAGAGUCUUAUUGGCGAGGUUGCAUUGGCAUGUUGCAUCAUCAUUACAAUGAUCAAGUGUGCAAAGACAUAGGGUGGAACCCCAGAAGGAAGAAGGGCUUCUUUGCUAACUUGUUUGUCCCUCAUCGCCCUACAGACUAUGCCUCCCCUGAUAAUUGGUAAAACCAAACCUCUCAUCCCUCUACUAUGUAAUAAAACUUGUGUUGCAAUUUCAGCACCUCCAUUUGGUGGUUUUGGUUAGUUGAAGUUGUUUUGUUUUUUUCUUUUCACUUUCUUCUGAACCAAAUUAAUAAAAAUCAUGUGAUAAUGUGAGAGGCCGAUAUGCUAUUUUUAGUUUA